AUGGACAAACCUCCCUCCUCUGCCGCCAACAAGCCGCCCGUCAAACCAGCCUACGUCUCCUCCUCGGGACAUGUCCUAGAAUCGCCCCCCUUCUCCGCCCGCCUUUCCCGCUUUUCGUCCGACGUCUAUAACUUCCUGGGUUUGUACUUCGUGUCUCUCUUCUCGCUCGACCCAUAUACCGCCGCGCAGAAUAGCCAGUUCAACACACGCGGCAGGCCGAAUGCGCAUCAGGCGCGGCCGACGUGGGGUGGUGGCUUGGGUCGAUUGGGUGGUGGCACACCGGGUGGUGGAGCCGGCGGAGGGUCUAGAGGUGGCGGUGGCAGCAACGGCAGUGGUAGGAGGAUGGGCGGUAUCGACGACGUGAGGGCGCCGGAGUGCGGAAGUUGUGGGUGA